GAUCUGACGAUUUUUAGCACUUGGUUCCGUGCAUCUGUGAUCAGAUACAUGUGAGUUGCUACGGCACGUCUGAAGUCUUGGCUGCAGUGGGGCAGGGAGUUACCGACACCUUCUCUCCUUUUACUAAAAGCACAGAGUGUGGCCAGGAGCUCGCUGCGCUCCCUGGCUCCCCAUUGGACGGCCCGCGCACUUUCUGUGGGAGGAGCUCUAGUGGCAGCAAAAAGGAGCAAAGAAUUUAACUGCGCAAAAAGUCCUGUGUGGUGACGGAUGUCCAAAGUCCAGAAAGACUUUCAAUGUGCGUUUGUUCCACAGACCUUCAGAGAUGGGGACGGCUUAGACGCGUCGGAGUUCCAGUAACGCAGCACCCGUUUGAAUCACUCUUUUCCUCUGUUACUGCUUCUAGUCAACAGUGAGGGACUGUGAUUUCUGAGCGCCCCAGCCUUCAGAGGGAAGAGAAGUGGAGCUCCCUGUCUGCCGUUUUGGAAGCUAUAUAUCGUCGGAUCAGAGUGAAGACAUGCAGGCUCGCUACUCCGUCUCCAGCCCCAACUCUCUGGGUGUUGUGCCCUACAUCAGCAGCGACCCCAGCUAUUACCGGGCCGCGGCCGGCGGGGGAUACACUGGGAUGCCAGCACCUAUGAACAUGUACUCUCAUGCGGCACAUGACCAGUAUCCUGCCAGCAUGGCCCGUGCGUAUGGACCGUACACCCCGCAGCCUCAGCCGAAGGAUAUGGUCAAACCUCCCUACAGUUACAUCGCGCUCAUUACCAUGGCUAUCCAGAAUUCUCCAGACAAGAAGGUCACCUUAAACGGGAUAUAUCAGUUUAUUAUGGAGAGAUUUCCGUUUUACAGAGAUAACAAACAGGGCUGGCAGAACAGCAUCAGGCACAAUCUGUCUCUGAAUGAGUGUUUUGUCAAAGUGCCCCGUGAUGACAAAAAGCCUGGUAAAGGCAGCUACUGGACCCUGGACCCGGACUCUUACAAUAUGUUCGAAAAUGGGAGCUUCUUGAGGAGGAGAAGACGGUUCAAGAAGAAGGACGCGCUGAGAGAGAAGGAGGAGCGGCAGCAGAAGGAUCUGCAGCCCAGGCAGCAGCAAGGCCGGGAGCAGGAGCAGCCGGUGCAGGGCUCUCAGCCAGUCCGGAUCCAGGAUAUUAAGACCGAGAACGGCACAGUCACGCCACCGCAGGCCGACUCGCCCACCCUGAGGACCGUGCCAAAAAUCGAGAGCCCGGACAGCAGCAGCAGCAUGUCCAGCGGGAGCCCUCACAGCAUCCCCUCUAGCAGGUCCAUCGGCAUGGACAGCUCCGAGCACCACCAGCACCACAGCCAGGCCUCGACGCAGGGCUUCAGCGUCGACAACAUCAUGACCUCCCUUCGGGGGUCCCCACAGGGGUCCACAGAGCUCGCCCCCAGCCUAGGCGCCUCCACCCGGACAGGUAUAACCCCGUCGUUGUCCCUUAACUAUUCUCCAAGUCAGACAUCUGUCUAUAGCUCGCCGUGUAACCAAAACACCAUCUCCACUACCUCCAACGCUACCUAUCAUUGUAACAUGCAAGCCAUGAGCUUGUACGCCGGGGACAGAUCUGGCCACUUGGCCCCGAGCACCACCGUGGACGAAACGCUGCCAGAUUAUUCUGUCACGACCACCGCAUCCUCCCUGAGCCACGUUAAUCUUAAUUCUGGCCAAGAGGGCCACCAUGCCCACCAGGGGAGGCUGACCUCAUGGUACCUCAACCAGGCCGGAGACCUGGGCCAUCUGGGCGCAGCUUACCCUGCAGCAGCGCAGCAGCAGAACUUCCACUCUGUCCGUGAGAUGUUUGAAUCCCAACGAAUUGGCUUGAAUAACUCGCCGGUGAAUGGGAAUAACAGCUGUCAGAUGUCAUUCCCACCGAGCCAGUCCAUCUAUCGCACUUCGGGAGCUUUUGUAUACGACUGCAGCAAAUUCUGACCUUAAAAACAACAACAACAACAACAAUAACAAAAGACAGGCCUGAUAUUUUUUCCUCACGGUGUAUGAACUCUUCCAGUAGAUUUCUGUCCCUGUCCAGGCCCAACCUCCUCGCUCGUCCUCACAAUAUGAACUAAUACGAGACAGAAACAAAAACACAAACCAGAGACUUGAUCUUGGUUUUUCUAAAGAACAGUGUUACUGCCAAUAACACGUAAGUCUCUCUUUGCUUUUGUGCCUUCUUUGUGAUAUACUAAAGAUAUGCCAGUUUUCAUGUGUCCGUGUAAAUUGCAUAUAGUAAUUUAUUUCUAAAGUGUAGCCGGAUAUUAUGGACCAAACACCAAAAAAGUGUUUCUAAAUUGAACUGCCUUAAUUGUCCGAAAAAAUAUGUUCCAUUAUAGUUAAAGUUAAAAAAGGGAACGUGUAUAUCGCCGUACUAUUUCAAAGAUUCUUCAUUUGUUGAAAAGUAUUUUUUUUCCUGAAGGAUUUUGUUUUUGUUUGUUUAAUAAAUUUGUCAAUUUAAG